AUGGCGAGUCAAUCCUGCCACAUCAGCUCUGGCUGCAGGGUCAAGAACUUUAGCUCCCACUCUGCCAUUGUGCCCAAGCCUGGGUAUCACAGCUGUGUCAGUGCCAUGGCCCAUCAUGGGGGCAGUUCCGGGGCGAUAGGCUACUGGCACCUCGGAGGCUUUGGCAGUCAGAGCCUGUGUAUGGUGGCGUCUUCUCGGAUUGCAGUGAGUUGUAGAUGGCCCCUACACAGCAGGGGCAGGUUUGGCUACUGGGCAGGGGGCCUUUGCAGGCCCAGCCCACCCCAUAUCACAUCUGUCACCAUCAACGAGAGCCUCCUCACGCCCCCCAAUCUAGAGAUCGACCCCCAUGCCCAGUGUGUGAAGCAUGAGGAGAAGGAGCAGAUCAAGUGUCUCAACAAGUUUGCUGCCUUCAUUGGCAAGGUACGCUUCCUGGAGCAGCAGAACAAACUGCUGGAGACCAAGCUGCAGUUCUACCAGAACCGCGAGUGCUGCAAGAGCAACCUGGAGCCCCUGUUCCAGGGCUACACUGCGACUCUGUGGCGGGAGGCUGAGUGCGUGGAGGCCGACAGCGGCAGGCUGGCCUCAGAGCUGAACUGCACGCAGGAGGCACUGGAGGGCUACAAGAAGAAGUAUGAAGAAGAGCUGGCCCUCAGAGCCACAGCUGAGAACAAGUUCAUGAUGCUGAAGAAGGUGAGUGACUGUUCUCACACGGGAAUAAUUAAAUCCUGGACACCGGACGCUCUGAUGCUGCAGGCCCUGUCAGAUAGGAUCAGAAGGGGAUUUGGAGUUGAGGGCACUGCUUGCUCUCUCCUACAGGAAAUCCGCCUCCUUCAGUCACAAAUCUCUGACACCUCCGUGGUGGUGAAGAUCGACAACAGCUGGGAGCUCAACGUGGACUUGGUUGUGGCCGAGAUCAAGGCUCAGUAUGAUGAUAUUGCCAGCUGCAGCCGGGCGGAAGCUAAGACCUGGUACCAAACCAAAUGUGAGGAGGUGAAGGCCACAGUGAUUCAACAGGGUGAGAACCUCUGCAGAACCAGGGAUGAGCUCAACGAGCUGAACUGCAUGAUCCAGAGGCUGACGGCAGAGGUGGAGAAUGCCAAGCAGCAGCGCUGCAAGCUGGAGGCUGCGGUGGCCCAGUCUGAGCAGCAGGGUGAGGCAGCCCUCAGCAAUGCCCGCUGCAAGCUGGCUGAGCUGGAGGGAGCGCUGCAGAAGGCCAAGCAGGACAUGGCCUGCUUGCUCAAGCAGUACCAGGAGGUGAUGAACUCCAAGCUGGGCCUGGACGUGGAGAUCAUCACUUAUCGUAAACUGCUGGAGGGUGAGGAGAUCCAGAUGUGUGAAGGCAUGGGCUCAGUCAAUAUCUGUGUGAGCCGUUCCCAGGGUGGUGUGGUCUGCGGGGAACUGGACUCCACUGCCUCCCGUGGCUCAGGGGGUGUGGCCAUCAGCAGUGGUGCACUGUGCUCCCCCUCUGCAGUGGGGGCCUGCUCCAGUGCUCGAUCUGUGCGGUUUGCAUAGAGGGGGUGGGACUCUGGACUGACGUGUUCUGAUGGGGGCAGUGUGGGUUGGGGAGUGGAAAUCUUUUCUCUUGCAUGCCCGAAUGUCAGUUCAGUAAUUUCCCCUUACAGACAACCCAGAACUAACUCUCCUGUUUCCUUCUUAUUGGAGUUAACGUUUACUUUUUCUGUGAAAACCCUGGGUUUGACAUUAUUUUCACUUCCAUUGCUUCUCCCCUUCCCUGUGGUCCAGGAAAGAAAUAGAAAGGCUUCUUUUGAUAUAAAUUUCUCUGUCAUUGUCUUCCCCAAUUAACUUCAGGCCAGCAGAUGUUUAUUAAAUCCUGACUAUGUGCCAGAUCCUCUUGGAACGGAGCCAGCUAGAGGGUGUGGAGUAUGUGGGAACAUCUCUGUGCCUUGCCCUCGGAUAACAGGGGCUCCAGAUGCUGCCUCAGCAUGGAGGGGCGGUGGGGGUGUGGAGCGGGGCUCCUCACUUGCUCUGAGAGAUUGUAUAUUCCCAGAGCCCCCCAACUAUUCAUGUGUCCAGAUUGAAAGACUGACGGAGGCUAAUCAGCUGGGUUUAUACUGUUGGUUGCCUGGAAGUUCAUUGUAUUUGCAUGAUUCCUGUAUGGUUCCUUCUUUCUUUUGGUGUGCUUGAUUAAAUAUCAAUGGCAAAAGGC